UAUUCAAGAUGGCGGUUGAGGCGAGUUGUCCAAUCUUUGUGGUGGAUGCAUUCACCGAUAAACCCUUUGGCGGGAAUCCAGCUGCUGUUUGUCUUGUGGGAUCAAGACAACUUACUGAUGACAUCUUGCAAAAAGUUGCAAAAGAAAUGAACUUAUCAGAAACAGCCUUUAUCCUGGAAAAACAUGAACAUGACACAUAUUCAAAAGGUUGGUGUUUUGGUCUUCGUUGGUUUACCCCAGCAUGUGAAGUGGCUUUAUGUGGACAUGCAACUUUAGCGUCAGCAGCGGUUUUGUUUGACUCCAUAGGUAAUGCAAAUGCUGAAGUAACAUUUGAAACUCUAAGUGGGAAGUUAAUGGCAAGACGACAAGGUUCAUCAAUUUGUUUAAACUUCCCAUUGAAUAGCUGUGUACCACUACCCAAAGAUGAAGCCCUAACAAGAUUAAUCAAAGCAGUUGUAGGUGACCUCAGGGUGAAAGACAUAGAAUACUCUAAGACAACCAAGAAACUACUCUUGUGUCUGGAGCCUUCAUUGACAAGAGAAGACUUGGAGAACCUCUCCCCAGACUUCCAGGCUAUGUUGUCUGCUCUCUCAUCUGGACUUGUCCGUGGUGUAAUUGUUACCCUGCAGGGGACUAAGGGAAAUGGGUGUGUGGAUGGUAGUGGUGAGGUGUACGAUUUUGUUUCACGUUACUUUGCUCCUUGGGUUGGUAUAUCUGAGGACCCAGUUACUGGUUCAGCACAUACAGUUCUUGCUAGUUAUUGGUCACAGAGACUGAAAAAGGAUGAUUUCUAUGCUCGUCAGUGUUCAUCACGUGGCGGAGAACUGAGAGUUCACGUCAGGGAAGACAACAGAGUUGACAUUGCUGGACAAGCAGUCAUGGUUCUUCAAGGAAGCCUACACUUGUGACAGGUGUCACACAACACUAACACUCUUUAGAAAUAAUGUGACAACCAAAAGGUAUUAUGGUUAUAAAGAACACUUGCACCAUGACAUACAUGUAUAAUGAAAUAUUAAACUCUGUAUUACCAGGA